AUGCAAGCAGCAGUCAAUGCAGCAAUAUCAAUCUUAGAACCAGCUGGAAGUAUUUUUGGAGUAAUGAACCUCGUGGUUCAACAAGAACUUACUGAAUUUCGACAAGCYGUUGAUCAGCACUUAUUAUGAAGCUUAAAAGUAAUCGACGCGAGCGGUGAACCCACAUCAGGAUUCGUUUAUGGAAAUAAUUAUUGGUUAGGUAGCAAAGAUCAGUGCCAAGAUGCGGGAAAUAGAAAUCCCUUCAUGUUAUCGGAAGACGUAUUACAAAACAAUUCGAAAUAUUGUCAUAUCGAGGAUGAAUUUCCCCCUUUUGAAGUGAAAUUCUUUGUCGCUAAUUUUCGACAUAAUAGCACCUUACAAUAUCACAUUGUAGUACCCGAGGAAGAUUUAAUCAUAUUAGGUAUGUGCUUACCAGCAUCCUGUUCGAAGGACCAACUUUCUAUUCUUCUAGAAGUAUUGUUGAGAAAUAGAAAUCUUUUUAAAGGCGAACUAUAUUCAGCCGACUUUACGUUAGUUAGAGUGAGAGAUUUAAUCGAUGACCAUCGAUGGUUGUUGAGAACGAGAAACGAUGUUCUGAUAUACCAAAAACGAUUAAAGAAACAUUAUAAGUAUAUUCAAAACCAUAAAAAUUCUGAAGCAAUAGAAGACCUAAAAGCGCUAGACGAUAGUAACAAGAAUCAACUAGAAAAAUUAAAAUACUACAGAUUUUUUUGUAAAAUAUUUCUUGCUUUUUCCGUAUAUUCAAACACGAAAAAAAUAUUUAGAAUGGAGUCAGACAAUACUAAUGUACCGUUUAUACACGGAUUAAGAACUUUUACAAUGAUAUGGAUUAUAAUCAUACAUAUCUUUUAUUAUUCGAGGGAUUAUUAUGACCAUAAACCGAGUUUUACAAGAAGUUCGGAGGGUUUGAUCGGACAACUGAUAUUCAAUGGGACCCUUGCAGUUGAUACAUAUUUAUGUUUUGGUGGUUUUCUCGUCGCUUACUUGUAUUUAAAGAAAGAAAUGGAUUUAAAAAUAAUUAAAUUAUAUUUUUUCACUCUCUUAAAAAGGUUUAUAAAAAUAGGACCAUAUUUCGUUGGUGUGAUCACAGCAUAUAUUGUUGUUAAAUUAAACAAUAAAUUACAUUGGAAUAAGAGAACAAUAUUACUGUUUUGGAUACUCAGCAGUUUAUGUAAUUUAUUAGCACUGUUUGGAUUAUAUUGGAAUAGAAUAUCAGGUUUAACUGCUGCUGUUUAUGCUGUUUUCAAUCGAACAGUAUGGGCAAUUGGUAUAGCAUGGAUAAUUAUAGCAUGCUCUACAAACAAUGGAGGUACAAUGAAUCGUAUUCUUUCGUGGAAAUCUUGGAUACCACUUAGUAGAUUGACUUAUGCAGCUUAUCUUUUAAAUCCAAUUCUUAUAAUUUAUUUUAACCUUUUACGUAAAACUUCUUUGUAUUAUGAUGCUCUAGCAAUCACAAUUUCUGGCUUAGGAUACCUUUAUUGA